AUGCAGACCUUCGAGCGCUCGGACAUCACGUGCUCGGGUGGUGAGGGCCAGAAGGACACGGCCGUCUUCCUCGUGGAGGCUGGCGGCACUCUGAAGAACGCCAUCAUCGGCAAGAACCAGAAGGAGGGCGUGCACUGCGACUACCACGACUGCACCAUUGAGAACGUGUGGUGGGAUGACGUGUGCGAGGACGCGCUGAGCAUCAAGGGUGGCUCGGCGUCCAGCGUGACGACCGUGACCAACUGCGGCGCCCGCUACGCCGAGGACAAGGUGGUGCAGCACAACGGCUACGGCACCGUCAAGAUCAAGGGUUUCUUCGCGCAGGAGUUCGGCAAGCUCUACCGUUCGUGCGGCACGUGCGGCAACAUUCCCCGUAAGGUGACGGUGGAGAACGUGUUCGCCAUCGACCCGCUCGUGAGCGUCGUCACUGUCAACAAGAACAACAACGACCAGGCCACGCUCAAGAACAUCUACGUCAAGACGACGGACGGCAAGAAGAACGUCAAGGUGUGUCAGUGGUCGCAGGCCAGCAAGACGCCGUCGAACGUGGGCGACGGUCCGUCGGGCAAGCUUUGCCAGUACUCGACGAGUGAUGUGCACAUCAACGAGGAUUGA